AUGUGCACUGAGAGGUGUGCCAAGUGCCUGGGCAGCACCCUCAUUCCCCUCGCUGUGUCUGGCUUCCUGGCUCACCUCCUGCUGUUUUUCCCUGGAGGAAAAGUGAUAGACAACAAUGACCACCUUUCUGACGAGGUCUGGUAUUUUGGAGGAAUAUUAGGAAGCGGGGUCUUGAUGAUCUUCCCUGCGCUGGUGUUCUUGGGCCUGGAGAAAAAUGACUGCUGCAUGUGCUGUGGCAACGAGAGCUGUGGGAAACGCUUUGCGAUGUUCACCUCCACAAUAUUUGCUGUGGUUGGAGUCUUGGGUGCCGGAUACUCAUUUAUCAUCUCAGCUGUCUCAAUCAACAAGGGUCCAAAAUGCCUCAUGGUCAAUAAUAGCACGUGGGGCUACCCCUUCCUGGACGGAGAUUACCUCAGGGACAGGGACUUAUGGAGCCAGUGCGAAAAGCCUGACAACGUGAUUCCCUGGCAUCUGACCCUCUUCUCCAUCCUGCUGAUCAUAGGGGCGGUUCAGAUACUUAUCUGUGCCAUCCAGGUGAUCAACGGGCUCCUGGGGACCCUGUGUGGAGACUAUCAGUGCUGUGGCUGCUGUCGGGGAGAUGGACCAGUCUAA